AGGCUGUGGUGAAUGAGAUUGAAGAAGAGUUCUUGUUUUGUAUCUCAGUUUCUCUCUUUUUGGACAAAUUGAAUUUAAACAAAUACUACGGAGAUCUCAGACUAAUCAAUGGAGGAUAUUUGAAUAUUCACAUCAAUUGUAUCGGUGAUUUGGUAGAGAGUAUUGGGUUGUUUGUAAAUAUUUCAUUAAUAUCUGAGGAGAGGAGGACUGCUGCUGUUCAUGUGAGUGAAGGCGGCUCUUUUAAUGCUUCAAUUGGAUGGUAUUCAACCUGGAGACGGUGUGAAGGCUGAACGUUCCCCCGGACUGACUGGCACACUGACUGGCUCAAUGAUGGAAUUACAAACAUUACAGGAGGCCUUGAAAGUGGAAAUACAAGUCCAUCAGAAACUGGUCACCCAGAUGAAACAGGACCCACAGAAUGCUGAUCUGAAGAAGCAGCUCCAUGAACUUCAGGCUAAGAUCACAGCGCUUAGCGAGAAGCAGGUAUGUUUUGAUGUGAGAGAGGAAGCCAGUUCCAUCAUCGCCACCUCACCCGCUCUUAAGAUAACCUUCGGGCCAACUGGGGGCCAAAGGCUGGCUAGGAGACACCGCUAGAGACACAGGCACUGUAGCACUGUAUUUCAUUAAUCAUAUGCUGUAUUUCAUUAAUCUGCUCCUCUGCUCUUACCUCUUUCCCUUUCUCUCUUCUACACCUCUCUUCCACCUCGUCUUUCUUUCUCUUUUUUUAUAAUGCACACCAUAUGUGCAUUGAAGUGUACAGAUUGAACUUGUAUUUUAGAAUAUGAUGUUACAAUUAUAAUAUUUAUAAUGCAUGUAUGUAUUUAUAACACCUGGAUAAUGAACUUUCAAUAAAGUGUUUCACAUUCCC